AAAUGGGGAUCGUAGCAUUCAACUGGGCAAGGGAAGGCAACAACCAACUUACGCUUGUGAUGAACAGAGACAAUUGGGGAAACAGGGUCAUAAGUAAGGCAUCUUGGGAUGGCCAUAUUUUGAGUGGUCGGUACGAAGAUAGCAAGGGGACGUGGUUCGCUAUUUCUAAACGAGGCCGAGUCGCGUUUCUCAUGAGUAGAACGUUGCUUGAUGACGACAUUGUUCCAUUCCGCGGCUCCGAGUUUUACCCCUCUGCCUUCUUGGAGAGCAAUAUGAGUCCUUGGGAGUUUGCCGUUAAUGUACAGCGUGAAAGGGAUAUACAAAAUAAGUUGUCCUAUAGCCUUAUUGUCGCAGACAUGGCUUCGAAUUCAAUGGUUCAUAUCAGGAAACCUGAGAAAGAUGAGCCGAAUGUCAUGAUAGGAAUCCUUCCGUCUGGUGUGCAUACACUUUCUCCUCUCCACGGUCUCGAUUCCGAAAUCGCUGUUAGGGAUACAUUCCUGAGAGACCGAUUUACUCAGAUGAUUGGUCAUUUGGGAAACGAUCCACUACCACAGCUUAAUGAGUUUGCUAGCAACUAUAUGUUGAGUCCUGUGGGAGAAGGUCAAGAAACGGUGUUUGUGGAAGAAAUGGCUAACCAUCCUGAUUUAGAUCGUGCGCUUGGAAUGCAACGAUAUGGAACAACAAGUACGACUGCAUUGGUUGUGAUACGCACUGGGGAAGUGAAGAUCUUCGAGAGGUACCGGGAGGAGAAUGGUCAAUUGACUGAGAACAACUUGCCCGAUUUCACCUUCCAAGACAACUAGUUACAAUGACGAGACCACUGCGCAGCAUCCGAAUAUAUUAUUAUUAUCUAUAAUAAGUAAUCAUGUUGAUGCUGUAAAUAGAUCUCUCUAACUGACUCAGGGAAACCUGUUUCCUUGAUCUCAUAUAUUAUAUCUAGUCUAAGAAACAGUAUGCUUUAAAUAAAUAAAAUUGUUGGUUUUUCUCAA